UGGUUGGAGUGUCCUGUCAUUCCCGCUUCCCCUCCUCCUUCCCGUAGCGUCGUGUGCACUAUCUCUCUCUCUUUCCCUCCCCUGAGCCCGGCGCAUUUCUUUUAUUUCUACCGGAGAGUUUACGGACAACUCGUCAUCCAGCACCAUGUCUACCGACACCGCAAGCGCGCCCGAGUACUCCGCCUUCUUCGCUGUCAUGGGGGCUUCGUCUGCCAUGGUUUUUAGCGCCUUAGGGGCGGCCUAUGGCACGGCAAAAAGUGGUACAGGUAUUGCCGCAAUGUCUGUCAUGCGGCCUGAGUUGAUCAUGAAGUCCAUUAUUCCCGUGGUCAUGGCUGGUAUCAUUGCUAUCUAUGGUCUUGUAGUAGCAGUCCUUAUUGCAAACUCUUUGACGUCUUCUAUCACACUAUACAAGAGCUUCCUUCAGUUGGGUGCUGGCCUCAGUGUAGGCCUGAGUGGUCUAGCUGCUGGCUUCGCCAUUGGUAUCGUGGGAGAUGCCGGAGUGCGGGGUACAGCACAGCAGCCUCGACUAUUCGUAGGGAUGAUCCUGAUCCUCAUUUUUGCUGAAGUCUUGGGUCUGUACGGCCUUAUCGUGGCACUUAUCCUGUCUACAAAAUGAAAAAUUCGACCUCUUUCCAGUUCACCUGUUAUCCAAAAGUCAACACUUGCAAAUAAUGGUUUUAUCUCAUGUGUACAGUCAUCCUACACCUGCCCCAAACUCAAUAUUUUCUCCCCCCCACGAUACCUGCGCAGUUGUAAGUUAGUGACUGUUGUGUGUAAUCCUUUAGCUAUCUUCAUCAGUUGGACUUCAGGGCAUUACCAGUCCUGACAAGCAGGCUUGUGGGUGGGAAGCAGGCAUCACUUCCUCUACCCUCACCUGACUCCUUCCUCUGCGUGCAGUGUGUUUCUCCCAUUCCAUCUGAUUGUUUCCUAACAAGUUCCAUGUAUAAAUAUGAUCCUAGAACUGUAAUUUCCCCUUUACACUUAAUGUUUUAUUUAUAUAAAAAUUCUUGUUCAUACUUCAAAAACAGAGCCAGCUUUUUCCUCCCUUCUGUAACCUAUCCUGGUCUCUUUGCUGCGUAUAUAUUUAAUCUUUAGCUGUAUCUGUGUGGGAUUUCCUUGUAAGUGCUGAGAAUUCCCUGGAUGUAAUAAUUUGGAUUACGAUUGCUGUAUUGUUCUGAUAUUGGAGUGAGGUCUCUAUAUAUAGUUAUAUAUUUUUGUUUUUGUUUUAAUACAAAAAAUUAAAUUCCAGCCUGUGUUCAACUGGUGACCAGAACAAAAUUUUAAAAGCAAAACCUGGACAUGUAUGGUAAAGUUACGCCUGCUGCUGGGGUUCAGUUACACAUUUCCGAAUAAAACAUCUCCAAUCCAUUA